UACUCAUAACGACUUAGUUACUACAAUUCAGCCGCUCGAAGUUUCUUGAUCUCUUAAUUAACUCUUUAAAUUUUGGGGAGAAAUGUUAAAAACUCUUCUGCCAUUAUUUUUGUUACUUGCACACAUUGCAGCACAAGAUCAAGACACUUCGGUUGUUUUGGGCUUGAGUCGGCUUUUAAUCGUGGAUAAAGUGAAGUUAGCAUGGCCGGAGGCUGUUCAAUAUUGCGCAAACAUGAAUAUGACACUCUUCAGUCCGAAUACAGCCGCACGUAAUGAAAAAAUAAGCCAGUUCUUCACAGAAAUUGGCUACGUUGACAAACCAAGUAUCGGUAACGACUUCAUCUAUUGGACUUCUGGAAAAUUCGACCAAACCCGUAGAAAAUUCAUUUGGCAUAGUAUUGGUGAAGAGUUCAGUUAUACCAAUUGGUUGGCUGGCAUGCCAGAUAAUUGGCGCGGUGAUGAGUUUUGCGUUGAAAUGGGUUUUCGUGAAGUGGGUAAAUGGAAUGAUACUCGUUGCAAACAUUUUAGACAUUUCAUUUGUGAGCAUUUGAUUGAAACGCAAUAAAAAUAAGAUUGUAUGAAUUGGUUAUAAAGUGUAAAAAUUUAUUAUUUAAAUAUGCUGUUAAUUAUUUGUAUCGCUAAAUAGUGCAAUCUCACCGAGACAAAGAUAAAUUCGAAUGCCGAAAGGAAAUUUGUAAUACUGUUUUUUAUGUAUCAUCCUUAUUAAUGAUUGAUUUUUAAUGAUGAGUUUUAAUGUAAAAGUAUUAGUAGUGUAAACACCAUAAAUCACGUCGUGACCCUCCGGCAAACUCUUGCCCACAUUUGCCGUUUUGGUUUCACUCUUGGAACUUUGAAAAAUGGUCCCUUACCGUUCUCAAAAUUAUUCGAUCGUAACACAGAUUUUCUCAUUUUUCUAUUUUCAAUAUUAAUUAUUUAAAUUUCAAAAUUGUCACAAGUUACACUCGCAAAUAUGUAAAUAUUUUGGUGCAAGCCAAAUAUGCCAAAAUUAUAAUAAUAAUCACGGAUUCUAAAAUGUCAGCCAUACUAGUAAAUUCACUUUGAGCAAGAUGUAAAUAGAAAAUGAAAUUUGUACCCUAAAUGAAUAAAACAGUUUAUCUAUUACAACUAACAUCACAACAUGGGAAGCAUCACAAUGUUAAAAUUUACUUACGAUAUAAAUAUUAA